AUGAGUCAUACCAGCUUUCAAGGGCCACUUCGCGGCGAAUACGUGAUCGCCGGCGCGCACGCGUCCACUGGGGGGGCGAUCCACUUCAAUUUUGGCGCUGAUGCCCCGCCGCGAUCUACCCGACCCUUCUCGACCGUCCCCUUCCCACCGGAUCCCAAGUUUGUCGAGCGGACGGACAUCUUACUCUGGCUGCGAGAUCAAACGGCGCAGCCGGGCAGCCGGGCUACGCUCGUCGGGCUCGGCGGCAUCGGGAAAUCACAGGUCGCGAUCCAUUACGCGCACGAAGUCCGACGGGCGUCACCAGAUCCCUGGGUUUUCUGGGUGCAUGCGAGCUCCAGAGCCCGUUUCGAAGAGGCAUACCGAAACAUCGCCGAUAAACUGCAGCUUCCCGGACGAGAUGAUCCACAGCGCAACGUGCUCCAGCUGGUGCAUGCCUGGCUAUGCGACGAAGAAAACGGACCAUGGAUGAUGGUGCUCGACAACGCCGACUGCGUUGAGGUGUUCUUUCCGAGACGGGACGCUCAUGGCUCACGCGACCAGCCGCUGGCGUCAUUCCUACCAAAGACCGGCCGCGGAUCGAUCAUCAUCACAUCCCGCAACACGGAUGCGGCGGAGAGGCUGGCCGGUCUGGGUGCCAUCUACAAUGUGCCGACGAUGGAGAAAAGCCAAGCCCUGCAGCUUCUCCAGAUCAGGCUCGGGGAGGAUGGGGCCGAGGACAAUGUGGCGAUGUCAGAUCUAGUUGAUGAUCUAAACUACAUGCCGCUUGCAAUAACCCAGGCUGCCGCUUACAUCAAGCGAAGGGGGCCGCGUAUGUCGGUAUCGGCUUACCUGGAUGAGUUCCGGAGAAGCGAUAAGAAGAGAGCAAGCCUCCUCAACAGAGAUGCAGGUGACCUCCGUCGGGACGAGUCCGCCUCCAAUUCGAUCGUGACCACGUGGCAGGUCACUUUCGACCAGAUCCGUCACGAGAGGCCAUCUGCCGCCGACCUGCUGUCCUUCAUGAGCUUCUUCAAUCCCCAAGGUAUCCCCGAAUCGGCGCUUCAAGCCUAUGCAUGCGACCGUGGGCCAGACGGCGAGGGUGAUCUUGAUGAGAACCUUGAUGAGGACCUUGACGAGGACCUUGAGACCCUUCGCGGGUACUCAUUGGUGGCGAUGACAGCCGAUAGUGAAUCAUUCGAGAUGCAUGCCUUGGUGCAAUUUUGCACGCGGGUGUGGCUAUCAUCAUUCUGCGAUACACAGCGGUGGGAGCGGAAGUUUCUGAAAGUGAUAUCAGAGCUAUAUCCAUCAGGGGAGUAUGAAAACUGGGUGAAGUGUCAGAGUUUGGAUCCCCAUAUCGAAGGGAUUGUUCAAGAAGAGCCAGAUGAUGGGGAAGAUGCUUUGAAGUAUGCUAUGCUCCUUUGUAAUGCAGGAUGGUAUCGAUCGGGGAGAGGAAAGCACGAGGAGGCGGAGCCGAUGAACCGACGAGCUCUCGAGGUGAGGGAGAAGGUGCUCGGUAGAGAACAUCCAGACACGCUCACGAGCGUCAGCGAUCUUGCAUUGGUACUGCAAGAUCAGGGAAAGUACGAGGAGGCGGAGCAGAUGAACCGACGAGCUCUCGAGGCGAGGGAGAAAGUGCUUGGUAGAGAACAUCCAGACACGCUCACAAGCAUCAGCAAUAUUGGAUUGGUGCUGCAAUACCAGGGAAAGUACGAAGAGGCGGAGCCGAUGAUCCGACGAGCUCUCGAGGGAUAUGAGAAGGUGCUUGGUAGAGAGCAUCCAGACACGCUCACGAGCGUCAACAAUCUUGGAUUAGUGCUGCAAUCCCAGGGAAAGUACGAAGAGGCAGAGCAGAUAAACCGACGAGCUCUUGAGGUGAGGGAGAAGGUGCUUGGUAGAGAACAUCCACACACGCUCACAAGCAUCAGCAUUCUUGGAUUGGUGCUGCAAUACCAGGGAAAGUACGAAGAGGCAGAGCCGAUGCACCGACGAGCUCUCAAGGCGAAGGAGAAGGUGCUGGGUAGAGAGCAUCCAGACACGCUCGCGAGCGUCAACAGUCUUGGGUCGGUGCUGCAAUACCAAGGAAAGAACGAAGAGGCGGAGCAGAUGAUCCGACGAGCUCUCGAGGCGAGGGAGAAAGUGCUCGGUAGAGAGCAUCCACACACGCUCACGAGCGUCGGCAAUCUUGGGUCGGUGCUGCGAUACCAGGGAAAGUACAAGGAGGCGGAGCAGAUGAACCGACGAGCUCUCGAGGCGAAGGAGAAGGUGCUGGGUAGAGAGCAUCCAGACACGCUCGCGAGCGUCAACAAUCUUGGGUCGGUGCUGCAAUACCAGGGAAAGUACGAAGAGGCGGAGCCGAUGAUCCGACGAGCUCUCAAGGGGUAUGAGAAGAUCGCCACAUACACAAACAUUUACUCCGACUCACAUGUCGGCACCAUCGUGGUCGCUGGGUCGCACGAUUGGCUCGAGGACAAGAAAAUACACAUUUUCAUUGAAAUCCUCCAGGUCACCCGUGGCCUGUCGAGAUACGGCGAAUCCUGGUUCGGGUCGAGCGGGAGAUUCGAGCCGAGAUGCGACGGGAACUCCACUCCUGGCCCAUCGCUGCUCCCCAAGCGAGCGCUACCACGACUCCCUCCAGAAGAGGCUCAUCGGUACCUGCGACUGGAUCCUCGACCGGCCGAUAAGAGCAGCGGCUGA